AUGGCUGGUAGAGGGAAAUCGAAACGGUGUCGUUCCAAAAAGUCGCGUCAGAGGCUGAAGGAAUUAGAUAGGAUAAGCGAAUUACCCGAUCCUCUGAUUUGUCAGAUUCUUUCCCAUCUUGCCUGGGCAAAGGAAGUUGUAAAGACAAGUGUUUUGUCCUCCAGAUGGAGGAGUCUCUGGCUUGAAGUUCCUAAUUUCAAACUGAGCUCCGUAGUUUUCCCAGAUUUCCGUGUCUUGAAGAGUAUUGGUGACACAUUUUUCGAUUCCAAUAGGAUUUCAUGCAUACAGAAGCUCAAGUUACAUAUUUUCGAAGAUGAUGAUGAAGAAUACAGAGUGGGUGCUGAAUCUUAUCCCACGUCUUGGAUUGAUGCUGCAGCCAAGCGUAAGCUCCAACGUCUAUAUGUGUUUAUGCUUCCGGAUUAUCAGAGUGAGAUCCCGAUAAGCCUUUAUACCUGUAAGACACUGGUAUCUCUGAAACUCUACGGCAUGGUCUUGCCUGGUGCUGGUUUUGUCUCUUUACCUUGUCUAAAGCUUAUGAAAUUGAGAAAUGUGCGGUGUCCCGAUGAGGCCACUUUCGAGAGACUCGUCUCCUGCUCUCCUGUCUUGCAAGUGUUGAAGAUUGCCGGACAUGAGGAUUUUCAUAGAGCCUUCCCGGUGCACUCUUUGUCACUCAAGAAGCUCCAAGCAAAACUAGAAAGGGGUCACGUUGUGAUCGACGCUCCUCUACUAGGGGUUUUGAAGAUCGAAGAUACCUCCGUUGAGAAUUAUGUGAUAAGGAACUUGGCUUCCAGUUUCAAGUUAGAUCUUACUCUCUUGUGUGGGAAAUUGGUUUAUGAAUCAGCAAAGAGAAAUAGCUUCCGCGUGUUCCUUUCCGGGAUUUCAAACGUUGGGGAAAUGGUCAUGUCUGAAAAAACUUUCAAGGUCUUUCAUCUCUAUUCCAUAUUUGAACCAAUGCCUCAAUUUCUUUACUUGUCUCGCCUGGAUGCUACAAUCUGUCCUACCGAUUUGAAAUGGUUACCAGCUUUUCUCGGGUGCUGCCCAAAUCUUAAAUCCCUCGUAAUGGGCUUGUUUUAUACUGAUGAACUGAGGUUCCUUUUUGAGCAAGCAAAUCAAUUCAGUUUUUCAUCUGUGCCAGAGUGUUCACUAUCGUCGCUCGAGUCUGUUGAUAUCGACGGCAUCUGCGGAAAUGCUGCAGACGUGAAGCUAGUGAGGUACAUACUAGAGAAUUCCAUAAUUCUCAAGAAACUGACUCUAGAUUUGAGAUACUGUCAUAAUGAAAAUGCCAUCUUGAAGAAACUCCUGGGAAUCCCAAGACGCUCUAUCACAUGCCAAGUCCUCCUACGAGAGAGCGAAUGUUAA